CCACUUCCGUUUCCGUAGGGAGCAAAAGGAGCAAACAUGGCGAAGGCCAGCGAAAAGAAUGGCAGCAGCGGGAAAAAAAGCCUAAAAAGGAAAGCCGCUACCAAAGAACCUCAAGAGGCUGCAGUUGCUGAGGAUGGAGCGACGGAAAGGGGGGCCCAACCCCCGAAAGCCGCUGCCUUUCCCCCAGGCUUCAGCAUUUCGGAGAUUAAGAACAAACAGCGGCGUCACUUGAUGUUCACGCGGUGGAAGCAGCAGCAGCGGAAGGAAAAGUUAGCAGCCAAGAAAAAACUGAAAAAAGAGAGAGAGGCUCUUGGUGAUAAGGCUCCACCAAAGCCUAUACCCAAGACCAUUGACAACCAACGAGUCUAUGAUGAAACUGUAGUAGACCCUAAUGAUGAAGAGGUUGCUUAUGAUGAAGCUACAGAUGAAUUUGCUUCUUACUUCAACAGACAGACUUCUCCCAAGAUACUCAUCACAACAUCAGAUAGACCUCAUGGGAGAACAGUACGACUUUGUGAACAGCUCUCUACAGUUAUACCAGACUCACAUGUUUAUUAUAGAAGAGGACUGGCUCUGAAAAAAAUUAUUCCACAGUGCAUCUCAAGGGAUUUCACAGAUCUGAUUGUGAUUAAUGAAGAUCGUAAAACACCAAAUGGGCUUAUAUUGAGUCACUUGCCAAAUGGCCCAACUGCUCACUUUAAAAUGAGCAGUGUUCGUCUUCGUAAAGAAAUUAAGAGGAGAGGCAAAGACCCCACAGAACACGUACCUGAAAUAAUUCUGAAUAAUUUUACAACACGACUGGGUCAUUCAAUUGGACGUAUGUUUGCUUCACUCUUUCCCCAUGAUCCUCAAUUUAUUGGAAGGCAGGUUGCCACAUUCCACAAUCAGCGUGAUUAUAUCUUCUUCAGGUUUCACAGAUAUAUAUUCAAGAGUGAAAAGAAAGUGGGAAUUCAGGAACUUGGACCACGUUUUACCUUAAAAUUAAGGUCACUUCAGAAAGGAACCUUUGAUUCUAAAUAUGGAGAAUACGAAUGGGUACAUAAGCCCCGAGAAAUGGAUACAAGUCGAAGAAAAUUCCAUUUAUAAAGUCCUAAGGAAAUAGUAUUGGAUUUUGCUGAACUUGGUAAUUUAUUUGUGAAAAGAACACCUUUUUCAAAAUAGCAUUUAUUGAUUUUAUAAAUCUUCAUGUCUGAACAGUUGACCAAGUGCCAUGAAUUGCUACUCUACAUAGCAAAUCAAAAUAAAAGUAAUUUGGGUGAGGAUUUAGAAGUUAUAAUUCAGGUUUCCUAACAAUUAAUUUGCUUGCUUACGUUGGGGUAAUUGUGAAUGAUUCAAACUGAAAUAAAGACUCAGAUUAACUUUCUUAUCUACAUUCCCAAAUAACAUGUGGGCUGGAGAUAAACAGAAUGGUUGAUGGAUACCAUGUAACUCCUGAUUUAUUACCGGAUUAAUUUUGGAUCCCCAUGUCUGGUGCACAUAGUUUUAACUUUAAUUUAGAAGCCAGAUUUCUAGGAUAUUUCAAAAUGAUUUAUCAGAACUUGAACCAAAUUUGCAAAUUACUGAAGUUAAUCUUUGAUUCCCUUUAUUUACUCCUUUUUAACCUCAUUACAUGUUACUAUGGUAUUACAUAGUAGGUACUGUCUCAAAUCCUGAAGUUUUUUCUUACUACUACUAAUGGAAC